UUGAGAUAAAUCAACGUUUAUUUUGAAAACAUACAACCGGAAAUCGCCGGUCAGCUGGUCCACCUUGACAAGAACGUGGAGAAGAAGAGGGGGGUCAAAUCAGAGAGCUCAGGACGGGCUCCAGAGUAUGUCCUCCCCGGUAGCUGGAGGAUAAACCCCGGACGGGAUGCUUGUGUCCCCCCGGCUCUUCCGGCUGUUCUGCCCCCGCCUCGGUCGGGACCCAUGAAGCCCCCGCCGAUGCAGACCCGACCUGCCAAAGCGAGGCGGAAAGCUGCGGGGGACACCGAGCAUGUACUGGCGCGUCGUCGGCUUCGCCUGGACGGGGUCGUGUGUGGUUGAUCUCGGCCGGAACCGGAGCUUCGAUGAGCAGCUCUCGCUUUACGGGUACAUCGUCGCCCACCCUCUGCAGGACCACGGCGGGAUGAUGUCGGCGCUGGGCUCGGACUCGUGGUGGAGGAAGACCCUGUAUGUGACCGGAGGCGCUCUGCUGGCCGCUGCUGCCUAUCUGCUGCACGAACUGCUGACCAUCAGAAAAGAAGAGGAGCUGGACUCUAAAGAUGCCAUCAUCCUCCACCAGUUCUCCCGGCCCAAAUCUGGGGCCCCUUCCCUCUCCCCCUUCUGCCUUAAACUGGAGACCUACCUCCGUAUGGCCGACCUGCCCUACCAGAACUACUUUGACGGGAGGCUGUCGCCGCAGGGAAAGAUGCCGUGGAUCGAGUACAACCAGGAGCAGGUCUACGGCACCGAGUUCAUCAUCGAGUUUCUGGAGGAGAGGCUGGGCGUGAGCCUGAACAAGAGCCUGACGCCGCAGGAGAGGGCCUUGUCUCGCGCAAUCACCAAAAUGGUGGAAGAACACUUUUACUGGACUAUGGCUUACUGCCAGUGGGUGGACAACCUGGAGGAGACUCAGAAGAUGCUGUCGGUGAGCGGACCAUUGAGCGACCUGCUCAAGUGGAUCCUGAGUCACCUGACGGGCGGGAUCGUUAAGAGGGAAAUGUACGGCCACGGGAUUGGACGGUUCUCUAAGGAAGAGGUCUACAGCCUCAUGGAGAAGGACAUGCGAACCUUGGCCACUUUGCUAGGUGAUAAGAAGUACAUCAUGGGCUCCAAGCUUUCAGCAGUAGACGCUACGGUGUUUGGCCACCUGGCUCCGGCCAUGUGGACUCUACCAGGAUCCCGACCGGAGCGGCUCAUCAAAGGCGAGCUCAUCAACCUGGCCAUGUACUGCGAGCGCAUCCGCCGGCGCUUCUGGCCCGAGUGGUUCGUGGACCUGGAGGACUUCCGCUACGACCUCGCCGCCGAGCUCAGCGACACGCCCUCCAAGCUCCCGGACCUGGGCCUCUACUCUCGCACAGACACUUCCCAGGAGACGAUUUACUCGCACACCUCUCCGCUUUCCCAUCUCUCCCACCUCUCGCACACUCCCACCCCUCAGGAGCCCCCGUCGCCCGUCAGCGACCCCACGGGCCACUCCCUCUACGACUCCGACAUGGACACCGAGUGCUCUGAAAUAGAUCAGCUCAAGUGUUGAUGAGAGACGGCACGCACUCGUAGGCACGCACACCCACAGGGGGGAGGGUGGGGAGGGGGGAGAGGUAGGAGGGUUCCCCCCUACCUCUUUGGGGGGAACCCUCCCCCCCAAAGAGGUAGGGUUCACCUACCUCUUUGAACAAGAUUCCGUGUGUUGGUGCGGAGAAGAAAGAGGUUUCCCUGCAAAUCUCCAGUGGAGGAAGAAAGCAGCCAACAACAACAACAACAACAACAGCAACAGCAAAAAAAAGCAACAGGUUGCAAAGUUGAAAGGAGUAAAUGACGCGGCUGCUGCUGAGAAGCUCCUCCAGGUUCUCCACGUCGUCGGCAGGCAGUAACACCUUUUACACACUCGGCAUCUCGGUGAUCAUGGCAGCUACAUGUGCGUGCGCGCGCGCGCGCGCCCACGGCGUUUCCUCGUAGCAACGUGCGCCGCCAUUCAGCCGUGUGCGUGUUUUCCACCGACUGGUCCCCGAACGCCUCUCGGUGACGUCACGUCAACGCCUGCAGCUACACGCCAGACUGAAUCCAAGCCGUUCAGUGUAAAUAUUCCUAGGAAUCAAAGUAAAUCAAUGGAUAGAAUACGGAAUUAUAUUAUGCAUAUGAAGUGUGUAGAUAAUCUGAAAUCCGAAACUUAUUUCCGUUGUUGUACAAUGUAAAUAUUGUUAGUGUUUCUCCUUUAAACUCCGGUUUACGGUGGUCCUCGGUCAGCAAGAAGACCCCCUGAAAACGUCUGUCCUGCGUCUCAUCUGCUUUCGCUACAUGGAUCGAAGUAACACCUGCAGUCACAUCUAGAAGUGUAGAAUGUAUCCCAAAUAGGAAUUUAAAAUCUGUGCAGAUGUCGUCUGUCGUUUCUGUACAUCUUGUUUCCAAAGAGCCAGACCGACUUAUUAUUUUUCAAAGUGGUUUCGAUCAAUGCCUGACAAAUUACUCUCCUUUCAAAGUUUGCUAAGCCCCUUAGCUUUGUGUUGUGCUUCAUUAAGGCAUAAAACAAACCAUGUUCAGGAUUUACACACAGGCUUAAAAUUUAUUCAACUUAUUUUAGGACUUUUGCUGCAUGUCUUUGCCAUUCUCACUCUGCCCACUUGUUGCCUGGGUGACUGUCAAUAAAGGCCUCUAGUGCCAAAGAAAAUCUUAAAAACACAAUAAAAAAAAACAUAGUUUGUUCCAAUUUCCUCACCCAAAACUUUGAAAAUCAGAAAACAGCUGCAUAAAUCUAAAACAAAUUCUGAAAGUCUUUCAUUAUUUCUUCGUCGUUUGAAGAAAUAAUGACAGAGACUACGUCGAAAGAUGACAAAAAACAAGUCUGCCUCUUUGUUGUUGACAAAUCAUUAGCAAAAUGAUGAAUGGUUUUAUACUUUUACACAUUGUGUUUUUACUUUGGCCACAGCUUUGGCUAAAAGAAACAUCUCAGAUGCAUUCAGGCAUUAAGAGCGUAUUAAACAAUCUUAAAAAAAAAAAAAGACUAAAUUUUCACGUGUCGAAUUAAAGCGCAUGGCUGGUUCGUGCCCACAAAACUAUGCCUCUAUGACGUUGUGUUGAUUUUUCUUUUUUUUUUUUAGCUACAGAGAGAUGAAGCCCCGGCUGGUUUGUGGUGUUGUUUUGGAUCUGCAGCAUGAAGGUGUAGGGUUUAUGUGUGUUUGUCACUCAACAAAUGCUCAAACUGCACCAGCAGGGGCGUCUGAAAAGCUGCGUCAGAUGGAAAAGUAUUUAGAUUUCUUUCCAUUAUUACACGUGGGUUCACUUUGUCUUUGUUGCCUUUGAAUGGCGAUACGUUGCUUCAGGUUCAGCAGAUGUGAGCUUUAUUCAUCGUCCCUGAAUCAAAAGAAAAAAGAAAAAAAAAACUUUGCAGAAACAGCUUUUUUUGCUGCAAUCAAAGCUGCAAGUCUUUCUCCAUCUAAAGAUUUGGAGAUUUCUGACCAUUCGUCUUUGCGAAGUAGCUCAAGCUCUUACUGCAUGGCUAAUUGUAUCUACAGAUUCUCCCACCUGAGCUUUGAAAAUCUGAACCUCCUCCAGAGUUACCUCUCUUGGUUACUAGUCCUGGUGGAUUUGAAAUUGCGUUGUGAUGUUUUCAUUCUGUGAGAUGCUGAUACUCGGGAUAUCCUUUUCUGACCUAACCCCGCUUUAGACGUUUCCACGACUUCCUCCAUGACUUGCCAGCUGUGUUCCUUGGUCUUUCAUCGUGCCGUUUGUUCACUAAUGCUCUCUGACAAAAAACCUCUGAGGCCUUUGUAGAACAGCUGGAUUUGGUUAAAUGACACACAAAGACUUCUGAUGUCAGAUGCACUGGGUUUUAUUCAUGGGGAAUCCACACCACACGUUGCGGAUGUUGAGUUGUUAAAGUUUUGGAAAAUAUGCACUACUUUCUGUUGUUCUGUCACUUAAAUCCCAACAGCAUGCACUGAGGUCUGUCUGUAGACUUAACAUGACUAAACGUGAAGAGGGUCUUGCUGCGUUUUGCAAGAAAAUACAGAAUUGCUGGACUAAACUCAAAGAAGACAGAAAUGCCUUCAUGAGUUACAGUAUGGGAGAGACCUUGAAGUAGAAUCUUAGUGAUGUAAUUAAGUAGUGAAAAAUGCUAACUUUUUUUUUUUAAUGUUUUAUCUUAAUAUUUCUCUCCUGCAUGAUUUUGCCUUUUGGCUCUACAAAGUUCAGGUUUGCUCUAUUGUUUACAACAGUGCCAAUAUAUGCUUUCAAUAUUUUUUUUAUAUUAGUUCUUUUUAUAUAUGUUGACUAUAUUAUAGAUUAUUUUACCGAUGCUGGUUUAUUUAAUGUACUUGUUUUGUUCUUGUUUUCAUGUUCUCAUGUUUUGACAGUGUUUCUUACGUUUACAUGUUGCUCUCAGAAUAAUGCGUUGAGCUGUGUAUCUGUGCAAUAAUGUACAUUCUCCUUUGACCUGCAGACAUAAAAAACAAACAAAAAAACUGGGCAAACAUUUUUGUGCUUCCCACUUUUUGCCAUGACUGCAUGUUCAACCCAGUUUUCAGGUGAUUCUCUGUAAGUCCUGCAUGAAGUUCAAACUUUCCCCUCCUUCCUUUCGGGACGACGGGAGGUUUCCGACCAAACUGCAGAAACACCGGCUUAACUCUCCUGUUUGGUCGCUUUCCCCCAGUUUGUAGACUCUAGGUGCUGCCUCACAUCGUCUAUCCGUGUUUGUGCAACGGACUUGUGAAAUAUCAUCUGACUGUAAAUAAGAGAGAGUUUAAAUUAAAAAAAAAUCUAAUUAAAACGCCAACAUGGCCUACGAGAAAAUGCAGUGUAAGAUUUUCUGAAUGUACCACAACUAGAGAUAAACGGCUGUAUGAAAAUUGAUUCAUUUCAAUAUUUCAUUAAAAAUAGCUGUGAUUUUUUUUUUCUUUUUC